AUGAUGCUGGCUCUGGCUGGAUUACCCAUCUUCUUCUUGGAGGUGUCGCUGGGCCAGUUUGCCAGCCAGGGGCCAGUGUCUGUGUGGAAGGCCAUCCCAGCUCUACAAGGCUGUGGAGUCGCGAUGCUGAUCAUCUCUGUCCUAAUAGCCAUAUACUACAAUGUGAUUAUUUGCUAUACACUUUUCUACCUGUUUGCCUCCUUUGUGUCUGUAUUACCCUGGGGCUCCUGCAACAACCCUUGGAAUACGCCAGAAUGCAAAGAUAAAACCAAACUUUUAUUAGAUUCCUGUGUUAUCAGUGACCAUCCCAAAAUACAGAUCAAGAACUCGACUUUCUGCAUGACCGCUUAUCCCAACUUGACAAUGGUUAAUUUCACCAGCCAGGCCAAUAAGACAUUUGUCAGUGGAAGUGAAGAGUAUUUCAAGUACUUUGUGCUGAAGAUUUCUGCAGGGAUUGAAUAUCCUGGCGAGAUCAGGUGGCCACUAGCUUUCUGCCUCUUCCUGGCUUGGGUCAUUGUGUAUGCAUCGUUGGCUAAAGGAAUCAAGACUUCAGGAAAAGUGGUGUACUUCACGGCCACGUUCCCGUAUGUCGUACUCGUGAUCCUCCUCAUCCGAGGAGUCACCCUGCCUGGAGCUGGAGCUGGGAUCUGGUACUUCAUCACACCCAAGUGGGAGAAACUCACAGAUGCCACGGUGUGGAAAGAUGCUGCCACUCAGAUUUUCUUCUCUUUAUCUGCUGCAUGGGGAGGCCUGAUCACUCUCUCUUCUUACAACAAAUUCCACAACAACUGCUACAGGGACACUCUAAUUGUAACCUGCACCAACAGUGCCACAAGCAUCUUUGCCGGCUUUGUCAUCUUCUCCGUUAUCGGCUUCAUGGCCAAUGAACGCAAAGUCAACAUUGAGAAUGUGGCAGACCAAGGGCCAGGCAUUGCAUUUGUGGUUUACCCGGAAGCCUUAACCAGGCUGCCUCUCUCUCCAUUCUGGGCCAUCAUCUUUUUCCUGAUGCUCCUCACUCUUGGCCUUGACACUAUGUUUGCCACCAUCGAGACCAUAGUGACCUCCAUCUCAGACGAGUUUCCCAAGUACUUGCGCACACACAAGCCAGUGUUUACUCUGGGCUGCUGCAUUUGUUUCUUCAUCAUGGGUUUUCCAAUGAUCACUCAGGGUGGAAUUUACAUGUUUCAGCUUGUGGACACCUAUGCUGCCUCCUAUGCCCUUGUCAUCAUUGCCAUUUUUGAGCUCGUGGGGAUCUCUUAUGUGUAUGGCUUGCAACGAUUCUGUGAAGAUAUAGAGAUGAUGAUUGGAUUCCAGCCUAACAUCUUCUGGAAAGUCUGCUGGGCAUUUGUAACCCCAACCAUUUUAACUUUUAUCCUUUGUUUCAGCUUUUACCAGUGGGAGCCCAUGACCUAUGGCUCUUACCGCUAUCCUAACUGGUCCAUGGUGCUCGGAUGGCUAAUGCUCGCCUGUUCCGUCAUCUGGAUCCCGAUUAUGUUUGUGAUAAAAAUGCAUCUGGCCCCUGGAAGAUUUAUUGAGAAAAUGUUCCAGUCAAGUUCUGUUUUCCAUAAAAAUUUCAGCUGAAGGAUUAGAGACAUUCCUAUUAUUUUUAGCUUGCCUGCAAGAACCUACACUGCUGAACCAAGUCAGAAGCGUGUAUUUUGUCAACAGAUAAUUAAAAUCUUUGCUCACUCUU